UUGUGCUGUAUUUUUCUUGUUGCCGGAGUCUGUUUCUUCCUCCUUCGCUAUGCCGGCUCAGGCCUCGCCAGUCUCCCUGCCAGCCGAUGUCAAAAAGCGGCUAAAGGCUUUGGAGCAAGAUGGCUUAUCUGAGAAGGAGUGCAUUAAACAGAAGCUUAGUUUGGUGCUUGGCUUUCUAGAAGCAGAUGCAAAAACCAAACUGAGUGAUCUGGAGAACAAGCUGAGCAGAGAGGAGCUGUCCGAGGAAGGAUACCUGACAAAGGUCAAGUCCCUUCUGUGCAAGGAACUAAACAUGAGCAACGGGGAUCUAAACGGGCAGGCGAAUGGUUCCACAAAUGGAACCUGUGGCAGUGAUGACGACGAUGUGGAGAUGUCAGAGUCUCCGACAGAAGAUCCCAAAGGCCGCAAAACGAGGAAAAGCAAAACAAAUGGAGAGAACAAAAAGUCUGCCCGUGCACGCCCUGCAAGAAGUGUUGGCAAGCAGGCGACCAUAAUGUCCAUGUUCUCCAAGGGGCCAAGCAAGAGAAAGUCAGAUGAUGUCAAUGGUGAAGUCAAAACAGAGGAUGAAGUGUCUGCAGAACCGGAGCAGGAGGAACAAGAUGAGAAAAGAAUAAAAACUGAAGCAAGUGAGAGUAACGGCUCUGCAACAAGCAAAACUCCAAAAGUGAAACCUGUGCAGCAACCUAAGACACCACCACCUAAGUGUCUGGACUGCAGGCAGUACCUGGAUGAUCCUGAUCUGAAGUUCUUCCAAGGGGACCCUGCAGAUGCUCUGGAUGAACCUGAAAUGCUCACAGAUGAGCGUCUGUCCCUCUUUGAUGCCAAUGAGGAUGGUUUUGAGAGCUAUGAAGAUCUCCCGCAGCACAAAGUUACAUGUUUUAGUGUGUAUGACAAAAGAGGGCAUCUGUGCCCCUUUGACUCUGGUCUUAUUGAGAAGAACAUCGAGCUGUAUUUCAGUGGUGUUGUGAAACCUAUAUAUGAUGACAGCCCUUCUCUGGAUGGUGGUGUACGAGCAAAGAAGCUGGGCCCAAUUAACGCUUGGUGGAUAACUGGCUUUGAUGGAGGUGAAAAAGCCUUAAUUGGCUUUACAACAGCAUUUGCCGACUACAUCUUGAUGGAUCCAAGCGAGGAAUACAGUGUUAUCUUCGCUCUGAUGCAGGAGAAGAUAUACAUGAGCAAGAUAGUGGUGGAAUUUCUGCAGAACAAUCCAGAUGUUACUUAUGAAGAUCUUCUGAACAAAAUUGAAACAACUGUACCACCUUCUGGCCUGAACUUCAACCGCUUCACAGAGGACUCCUUGUUGAGGCAUGCUCAGUUCGUGGUGGAGCAGGUGGAAAGCUAUGACGAGGCAGGAGACAGCGACGAGCAGCCGAUAAUUAUCACUCCCUGCAUGAGAGAUCUGAUCAAACUGGCUGGUGUCACCUUGGGUAAAAGACGUGCUGCAAGGAGACAAGCAAUAAAGCACCCCACAAAGAUUACAAAAGACAAGGGACCUACAAAGGCCACUACAACCAAAUUAGUGUAUCAGAUCUUCGACACUUUCUUCUCUGAACAAAUUGAAAAAGACGAAGAUAAAGAGAAUGCAAAGCGCAGGCGUUGUGGCGUUUGCGAGGUUUGUCAGCAGCCUGACUGUGGCAAGUGCAAAGCUUGCCAGGACAUGGUGAAGUUUGGAGGUAGUGGCAGGACUAAGCAAGCCUGUACCCAAAGGAGGUGUCCAAACCUGGCAGUGAAGGAGGCUGAUGAAGAUGAGGAGGUUGAUGAUAACAUUCCAGAAAUGCCUUCUCCAAAAAAGAUCCUCCAGGGACGAAAGAAGAAACAGGAGAAAAAGAACCGAAUCUCAUGGAUUGGAGAACCAGUCAAGGUUGAUGGAAAGAGGGAAUAUUACCAAAAAGUCUCAAUUGACUCAGAAGUCCUAGAAAUUGGAGACUGCGUCUCUGUGAGCCCUGAUAACCCCACAGAGCCUCUUUACUUGGCAAGGAUUACAUCCAUGUGGGAAGAUGCAGGCGGUCUUAUGUUCCAUGCACAUUGGUUUUGCCUUGGCACGGACACUGUCCUUGGGGCCACAUCUGAUCCCUUGGAGCUCUUCCUUGUAGAUGAAUGUGAGGAUAUGCAGCUCUCCUACAUACAUGGCAAGGUCAAGGUUAUCUAUAAAGCACCAUCUGAGGACUGGGCCAUGGAGGGAGGAAUGGACACAGAAAUCAAAGUUGUGGAGGAUGAUGGAAGCACGUACUUCUACCAGCUGUGGUAUGACCCAGAAUAUGCUCGUUUUGAGACUCCUCCGAACCCUCAACCCACUGAAGACAAUAAGUAUAAGUUCUGUGCUAGCUGUGCACGUCUAGCUGAAAUAAGACAGAGGGAGAUGCCAAGGGUGUUUGAUCCGCUGGAAGAUCUCGAAGACAGAGUUCUGUACAGUACAGCUGCAAAGAAUGGCAUCCAGUACAAAGCUGGCGAUGGAGUGUUCUUGCUUCCCGACGCAUUUUCAUUCAGUGUGAAGCUGGGUAGCCCUGUAAAGAGACCACAGAAGAAGGAAGAUGUGGAUGAAGACCUCUAUCCAGAAUACUACCGCAAGUCUUCAGACUACAUUAAAGGCAGCAACUUGGAUGCCCCGGAACCUUACCGACUCGGCCGAAUUAAGGAGAUAUUCUGCCACAAACGUAGCUCUGGCAAACCUAACGAGGCUGAUAUCAAACUUCGUAUAUACAAAUUCUACAGGCCUGAAAACACACACAAGGCUAUGAAGGCCAGUUACCAUGCAGACGUAAACCUUGUUUACUGGAGCGAUGAGGAAACCACUGUGUAUCUUAAAGACGUGCAAGGACGUUGUACUGUUGAGUACGGUGAAGAUCUGACAGAAUCCAUCCAAGAGUAUUCAGCAGGAGGUUCUGAUCGCUUCUACUUUUUAGAGGCCUAUAAUGCAAAGACUAAGAACUUUGAAGACCCUCCAAACCAUGCGCGCAGUGUCGUAGUCAAAGGGAAAGGAAAAGGCAAGGGAAAAGGCAAAGGCAAAUUACAGCCCACAAAAUCUGAAAAUGAUCAGCAAAACGCAGAUAAAGUACACAAGCUGCGAACGCUGGAUGUGUUCUCGGGCUGCGGUGGAUUGUCCGAGGGCUUUCAUCAAGCAGGUCUGUCUGAAACCAACUGGGCUAUUGAGAUGUGGGAUCCUGCUGCCCAAGCGUUCAGGUUAAACAACCCAGGAGCGACGGUGUUUACAGAAGACUGUAACGUCCUGCUGAAGCUGGUCAUGUCUGGGGAGAAGACAAAUUCCCUGGGACAGAGGCUGCCCCAGAAAGGGGAUGUAGAAAUGCUGUGCGGGGGACCACCGUGCCAAGGGUUUAGCGGCAUGAACAGGUUUAACUCCAGAACCUAUUCGAAGUUCAAGAACUCCCUGGUGGUUUCUUAUCUCAGUUAUUGUGAUUACUACCGGCCUAAAUUCUUCCUACUGGAAAAUGUGAGGAACUUCGUCUCCUUCAAAAGCUCCAUGGUACUGAAGUUAACACUUCGCUGCCUUGUAAGGAUGGGAUACCAGUGUACUUUUGGAGUACUUCAGGCUGGUCAAUACGGUGUCGCACAGACUCGUAGGAGAGCCAUUAUACUUGCUGCUGCCCCAGGAGAGAAGCUGCCGAUGUUCCCUGAGCCGUUGCAUGUCUUUGCGCCACGUGCCUGUCAGCUCAGUGUUGUGGUGGAUGAGAAGAAAUAUGUCAGCAAUAUUACCAGAACAAAUUCAAGCCUCUUCCGGACAAUCACCGUCCGGGAUACGAUGUCGGACCUUCCAGAAAUUCGGAACGGUGCAUCUGCUCUGGAGAUUUCUUACAACGGGGAACCGCAGUCCUGGUUUCAGAGGCAAAUCAGAGGUUCACAGUACCAACCAAUUCUCAGGGAUCAUAUAUGCAAGGAUAUGAGCGCUCUUGUAGCUGCCAGAAUGAGGCAUAUCCCUCUCGCCCCUGGCUCUGACUGGCGGGAUCUUCCCAACAUGGAAGUGCGUCUUACGGAUGGCACCACCACGCGGAAACUGCGUUAUAGUCACAAUGACAAGAAGAACGGCCGUAGUGGCAACGGAGCACUAAGGGGUGUCUGUUCCUGUGCUGCAGGUAAACCAUGCGAUCCCGCUGACCGGCAGUUUAACACACUCAUUCCCUGGUGUCUGCCUCACACCGGGAACAGACACAACCACUGGGCAGGACUGUAUGGAAGGCUUGAGUGGGAUGGCUUCUUCAGCACCACGGUGACAAAUCCUGAGCCCAUGGGCAAACAGGGUCGUGUUCUUCACCCAGAACAGCAUCGUGUUGUAAGUGUCAGGGAAUGUGCAAGAUCUCAAGGCUUUCCUGACACCUACAGGUUCUUUGGCAACAUCUUGGACAAGCACAGACAGGUCGGAAAUGCAGUCCCUCCUCCUCUAGCCAAAGCAAUUGCUUUAGAGAUAAAAUCAUGCAUUUCAAAGAUCAAGGAGGAAGAGACAGAGACUGUGAAGAAAGAAAAGAUGGAAAUGGAUUAACGCACUUAUCUCGAGUUCUACCUCCAUAAUGUUUGCUCCAUCCGUAUAUUUUAUCUUGCAUUGAUCUGCAAAUAUCAAAUUGAUAACACGGCGUCGGGCAUAAUGCCGGUAAAUCCCAUUGAUGCAUUGCAGUAUCUUAUCUAUUUUAAAUGAUUUUAUUGUACACUGUGCUGCUCUCUUCACUUUGUUGUUGUGGCAAUUAUGUAGUUUUUAUAUGUUUAAUAUUUGAAAUAAAAAAGUAUCUUG